AUGCAUGCCAGAUUCCACAACAGUGGUUUCGCUGCUAAUUCUUUUAAGAUCAUGGGCCGUCCCCUUGACGUCGAAACACCAGAGGCGGCCGCGCUUGGCGCGGAUACUACCCUGCGUCUUGAUUCCCUUGCCUCUCCAGUACUGUCUAAUGCCAAGGGAAUCAAAAGGAAAUGGAAUCUGGUUGAUGGAUCAAAGAAGGGUCAAGAAGAAGCUGAUCCUUUACUCUCCUUGAGACUCGGUCACUCGCCAAGCUCUUCUGAUAGCAAAGGGAGCUCUGCGACGGCUUGCACGAGCUUGUCCUCUGCCAAAGAAACCGAGGAGGCGUCCUCAAUGGAUAUCGAGCUUGACUUCAGCCUCCAUCUCGGCAACGAGAAACCGGCGAGCAACAAAAGACCGGCUAACCUGAAGAUGAAAGGGCUUCAGGUCGUCUCCUCCCCAAGAUUCGAUCUUGAACUGAGUCUCUCUGGUGGAGGUUCCUGUCAAUCUGAGAUCACUGCGGUCCAGCACCAGGCGAAGCAGUUUCCGACUCUCGCGGAGAUGCUACGUGCGACCAACGAAGGAACCACGUCGUGUGGAUGGAGACCAGGGUCGUCAUCAUUAGCAUCACCUGCGUUGCGAGCUUCACCAAGCAAAGAAAGAAGCUCCUUCUUAGCCCAUGCUCCAAAGAAUAUCAUCAUUCCUGCUGCUCAUGCUCUUGACCUGUCAUCUAGCACGACAACAACACCAAUAAGCUCGGGUACGUGUACUUCCGGUUUAACUCAGCAGCUGAAGCCACAGCAUAAGAAUUCUUCUAGUUCCAAGUUAUGUCAAGUAGAAGGAUGUCAAAAGGGGGCAAGAGGCGCGUCUGGCCGUUGCAUCUCCCAUGGCGGUGGACGAAGAUGCCAGAAACAUGGUUGCCACAAGGGCGCUGAAGGUCGAACUGUGUACUGCAAAGCCCAUGGAGGUGGCCGCCGAUGUGAGUUUCUCGGAUGCACCAAAAGCGCUGAAGGCCGUACUGAUUUCUGUAUAGCUCAUGGAGGUGGUCGAAGAUGCAGCCAUGAGGACUGUACACGUGCUGCUAGAGGAAGAUCAGGGCUCUGUAUUAGGCAUGGUGGAGGAAAGAGAUGUCAAAGAGAGAACUGCACGAAAAGCGCUGAAGGGCUUUCUGGACUCUGCAUCUCUCAUGGAGGUGGUCGUCGAUGCCAAUCUAAUGGAUGCACAAAGGGAGCACAAGGGAGCACUAUGUUCUGCAAAGCACACGGUGGUGGUAAACGAUGUACACACACGGGUUGCACCAAAGGCGCAGAAGGAAGCACGCCGUUCUGUAAAGGACAUGGAGGAGGGAAAAGAUGUGCCUUCCAAGGAGGUGAUCCUUGCUCCAAGAGCGUUCAUGGAGGUACUAAUUUCUGUGUGGCUCAUGGCGGCGGCAAGAGAUGUGCGGUUGCAGAAUGCACAAAGAGUGCUAGAGGAAGGACUGAUUUCUGUGUGAGACACGGUGGAGGGAAGAGAUGCAAGUCUGAAGGAUGUGGGAAAAGCGCUCAAGGUAGUACUGACUUCUGCAAGGCGCAUGGAGGAGGGAAACGGUGUGCGUGGGGACAUCCCGAGACUGAGUAUGCGGAACAAUCCUCCUCUGGUCCUUGUACCUCGUUUGCUCGAGGUAAGACCGGUCUCUGUGCACUCCAUAACAGUCUGGUUCAGGAUAACCGGGUUCACGGAGGAAUGACUGUUACUUCCGAGAGCCAAGAGCCGAGGCUAAGCAGCAGCGAAACAGAGAACGAGGAAGAGUUUAGCGACAUGAACAUCGACUCAAUGAAAGCGAGAAGUGCUGCUGGAUCUCCAGAUUCUUAUGUUGAUCUCAAUGAGAACGAAGCAGAAUUGGGAUUAGCUCCAGAAGGAAGAGUUCACGGUGGAAGUUUGAUCAUGGCGAUGUUGGCUAGAGACGGUGGCUCUGGCUCAAGCAACCUUCCAAAGAGGUGGAUGUAA